GAGACCGGAUGUUGACAAAUUUCAUGUCACUGUUCUUAGAAGGUCGUUUGUUUGUGUGAAGAUUUCUUAUCUGGGAUCUCUCUCUCUCUCUUUCUCAGUCUUUCUCUCUCUAAAAGAAAAAAAAAAAAGGAAAAAGAAAUUUUCUUUUCUGUCUCUCUCUCUCUCUGUCUAAACUCCCAUUUCUUUGAGAGAGAAAGAGAGUGGCCCAGCAGAUCGAAAUCUCUACCUUUUCUUCAAUCUGUUGACGAUCUAAGCUUCUUCAAUGGUGUUGCAAAAACACCCACUUUGUUUUUUGCUAAGUAAUUGUUGCUGUUUUUAUCUUUAGUUGUUGCUUUGGUCUUAGUGAUGAGAGAGAGAGAAAGAGAGAGUCUUGUGGACUUUUUUUUUUAUUUUAUUUUUUCAAUUUUCCAUGAUGUGGAGGUUUUCUGUUGAAAUGAUUCAAUCCAAGCUGGAUUCUUGAGGAGAUAGGUGAUAAGAGGAUGUGGGUCUAAGGAAUGGGAACAAAAGUGCAGUUUAAAAGUUAUUGGCCAGGAUAUUAUCCAAUGAGGGAUCUGAAUGAGAAUUCUAACAGUUGUAGCUGGCCCCACUAUUAUGGAGAUAAAACAAUAGCAAAUGGGCAGUAUUAUAAUGGCUUUUUGCCGAGAGCUUCCACAGAUCUAUAUCCACCUUAUGAUAAGGAUGAAUUGAAGAAGACAAUGCUUGAGCAUGAGGAAAUAUUCAAAAAUCAGGUGAAUGAACUGCAUCGCCUUUACAGAAUACAGAGGGAUUUGAUGGAUGAAUUCAGGAGGAAAGAUCUACAUAAAAACCGGAUGCCUAUUGAGGCAUCAUUAUCAUCAAGUCCCUUAGCAUCUCAAAUUACAUCUGAAGACGCUAGGAGAUGGCAUGUCCCCAGCUUCCCUAUGGUGAACUCUGCUUGUGCUAGACCAUCUGUUACAGGUGCUGAGGAUAUUCAUUCUCCUAUGAGUUCAAUGAAAGGACACAGUGCACAAGGUGGUCAUUUUCCAUCCCAAAAUGGGGGCAUUUCAAAGGAUUUAGAGAUGCAGGAUUCCAGACCCACAAAGGUUAGAAGAAAAAUGUUUGAUCUCCAACUUCCAGCUGAUGAAUACAUUGAUACUGAAGAAGGGGAACAGUUCAGCGAAGAAAAAGUAUCUGCCAUGUCAGGUAGUAUUUCUAAUAGAAAUCAUAAAGUUGCUCCUGAGAAUGGUGUAAAGCUGUUUCGUGACAAUGGUGGGAAGACUGGCUUUCAAGGAGAUGCUUUGACAUCUGAUUCACGUUUAAAGAGCAGAAAUGGUUUGGCUGACUUAAAUGAGCCUAUUCAGCUUGAAGAAACAAAUGCUUCUGGAUAUGUUGAUCUUCUGGGCCGUGGUGCCUGUCACCAGGAGAUUCAAGGCCCUGAUAUGUCUGCUAGACCAAACUCACAGCUUCUAAGUUUGCCAAAGGGAAUUUCACUCAACUCCCAUCAUGGAAGCAAUAAUGGGACUCGAGACAACCGGCACUUAGAGAACAAUGGAAAUGCAAAAGGAUGGUUUUCCCAUGUGCUUGAAGCAGGGAAUGGGAAAAGCAACAUGAAAUCUACUUCUCAAGGUCUUCAACCUGAAAUAUCUUCCCAACCCUUGCAAGUUUUGCUAAACAAAGCUCAUGAACCUUCUGCUUACUAUCUAACUGAUCAAAGCAAGGCAGGAUUGUGGAGUGAAAGAACAGUUUGUGGUUUGGAUAUGACUGAUAGAAGUCAUGAGAUCUCCAGUACUAAGCAUCUGGGGUCAACUGUGGCCUCUCAUAUACCUAGUCCAUAUCCUAUUGCUCCUUCCGACUUGUCCAAGUCUUGGUCUCACUCGGUUUCAUCUUGGGAAAAAUCAAGUAGUAACUUAAGCCAGAAGUCAAUGUCAGUUCAAAAACAACCAUAUUUGAACUCAUCUGCUACCUUGAGUAAGAGUUCUCAAUCAUCAGUUCAAAGCAAUGGAUUUUUGGGAGAUGCCUGGCAUCUAAAGAGCAAUUCUAGAUGUAACCCAGGUUUUGGAAACGAAUUUCCUAACGGAAGUGGAUUUUACCAAGGGUCCUCAUCCGGCUCGAAGGAACUACCGAUUCACCUUUCAUCAAUCAGCUACCAGAACUGCAGUAAUGAUAAUAAUAGAGCUCCUGCCCAGUUGAUUAAUAAUGGUUUAGCAAAGUACUAUAAAGAUUCAGAUUGCACAGACAUGAAAUCUGUAAAAGACGAGAACUAUGUGGUGCUUUCAAACAGUUCAACCAACAAAGUACCUCCACAGCAAGGUUUUGAUGGAGGACAAAGGCAUGAAGACCAUCCUGCAGCCUUGCCAUGGCUAAGACCUAAUUUUGCUCCUAAGAAUGAGGCCUCCAAUGCCGGGAGGAUUUCAAACAAAGAGGAUCUGAGUUUCUUGCAAUCCUCACCAAACCAGUUGCCCAACAAAAAUGAAAUUGGAAAGGGGGCUAAUCAAAUUUUUACCCAGAAUGUAAAAUCAUUUUCAUGUUCUAAUGAUGUUGAAGUGAAGAGGAUUGAAAUAGGUGACUACCCAAGUAAUAAGAAAAUUCUUGGGUUUCCCAUCUUUGAAAAGUCUCAUAUUUCUAAGAAUGAGUCUUAUUCUUUCACCUCCCCUUCUGUGUCCCUUCCUCUCCUAUCAGAAGGUGAAGUUGUGGAGAAUAAUGGGAAGAAUAGAGUCCUUGAUAUAAACUUGCCUUGUGAACCUGCAGUUCCUGACUUGGGCAAUCAGAUAGCAACAGAAAUUCUGAUUAAAGAUAAGAAAAGAGAUGCAAACGUUUCCAGUCUCAGACAUAACAUUGAUUUGAAUUCCUGUAUAAGUGAUGAUGAAGCAUCCUUGGCACCUUCUACUCCAAGCGCUCGUGUGAAGAUUUCAGCAGGGAUAGACUUAGAAGCCCCUGUAGUUGUUGAUGCUGAGGAGGAUGUCAUUCCUGAAGAAGCUGCAGAAAAGCAGCAUGAUCCUCCUUUACCAUCUCCAAAACACAAAGCUGAGAAGCCAUUGGAUGAACUUAUGGUGGUAGCAGCUGAGGCAAUGAUUGCCAUCUCAUCAUCUGUUCUGCACAGUCAGAUUGAUAAUGCCACUUGCAAUCAAUCAGAAUCUUCUAUGAUGGACCGUCUUAAUUGGUUUGUGGAGAUAGUUUCCUCAUGCGGAGAUGACAUUGAGAGCAAGUUCGAUACUCUUUUGAGAGUCAAAGAUGGUGAGGAUAAUGAAGAAUCUUCCUCUGAAGGGAGUGAUUACUUUGAGUCCAUGACAUUAAAACUAAUGGAUACUAAGGAAGAAGAUUAUAUGCCUAAACCUCUGGUUCCUGAAAACCUAAAGCUGGAGGACACUGGAACCACUUUAGUACCAAAUCGGCCAAGGAAGGGCCAGGCAAGGAGAGGGAGGCAGCGGAGGGACUUCCAAAGGGACAUCCUUCCAGGCCUUGCUUCUCUGUCAAGGCAUGAGGUAACAGAAGAUCUUCAGACAUUUGGGGGGCUGAUGCGAGCAACAGGUCAUUUGUGGCAUUCAGGAUUGACAAGGAGGAGCUCUACUAGAAAUGGGUGUGGAAGGGGGAGGCGGCGGUCAGUGGCAAGCUCCUCACCUACCGUGCCAACAAGCCCCGCUUGCACUCCGCUGAUACAGCAGCUUAAUAAUAUUGAAGUGGGACUGGAGGAUAGAAGCCUAACAGGGUGGGGGAAGACAACUAGACGACCCCGCCGGCAAAGAUGCCCUGCAGGUAAUCCUCCAUCUAUCCCUUUAACCUGAUCAAUGGGAAGAGUCUUUGAUUUAUUAAUUUAGAAUUUUAUAGAGGCAAGUGAGGAGUUGUUUCUCUGGCUUUGGGGGAUGAGGUUGUACUGAGCCGUGGGGACUGCCUUUUGUACAUUUCUUAGCUCAAAAUUUGGGCUUGCUUGAUUAUCUGUCUUUGAGUGGUUACCAACUUUGUAUUAUCAUAAAUAAUGUUGUAUAAUUUCUUCCGGGAUAUAUAAUAGCAUUCCUUCA